GCUGGACCCCGCUCAUCACCACAGCAAGCGCUGCGGCAUUAAAAAAGUAUGGGCCGAGCAGUAGAGAGGCCCUCCUUCUUGCUUAUAUGACGUCUUGUGACUCGCAAUUUGUAUAACGCGAGUCACAUUUCCGGGCUAAUCUGCGUGAUAUCCAUGCAAGGGGCCUAGGGGACCUCUAACGCCUAGCUAAGACCAGGGAAAAAUCAUGGCAGUGCGCCUUGCAGAAAACCCUUUUUUUCAAAUGGAGUAUGGGCUGGAAUUUGUAUCUGUACAUCUUCCAUUACUUGUGGGAGAGGACCGAACGGGAAGUUUCAUCUCUCUCUCUCUGUGGUCCCUGUUUCUUGUGUUUCUGCCACCUAAACAUUGUGAGCACAGCAUUAUUCCUGGUUCAACGAUGCUCUCAGAGUUUAGACCAUUGGGGCCAUCAUGGCUCUCGUCCAUGCGCUCAUCUCGCUGGUUCAUCAUCGUGGUGGUCGCAACUUCGUAUAUGACGGUAUGCCGGGAGACUUUUCUCCUCAUUCAUCAGGUUGAGGAGCUAACGCAAGAAGGGCAAACCCCCUUAGACCUUGUUUCUAUAUGGGAUGGUAUGUUGCACCUCCUCACCACGUCAAGGGCAUCUUUCUCAUAGCUGAACCGUAUCAGAUUGUUCCCAUCAUGCCCUCGGCGCUGGUCGCGCGAGCAGGCGUAUCACCAGAUCAACGUCCGUCCCCGCGAGUUCGAGAUCAUAACUCUGCCAUGGUAGGCUGACUGAAAUUUCUACCCCACAGAGGUAUUCUGGACCAGCAUCCUCUUGAUCUGUGAGACAGCCACGGCCUUCGCGGUCUGUCCGAUCUUCGGGAUCUGGAUAGACUCGUCGGCUAAUCGCAAAGUCCCGUACCUGGUGGGCUUGAUUUGGCUUGCCGCCGCAAUGGCCUUCUUUACCGCCGCGCGGUCGACGACGAUGUACAUUGUUGGGAGGAUUCUGCAAGGCCUGGCAUCCGCGAUCGUGGACGUUGCAGGUUUGGCGCUGCUGAGAGACAAUGUGGGCAAGGACCGCUUGGGAGAAGCACUGGGGUACGCGGAGACCGGCCGAAUGGUUGGGCUCAUGGCAGGGCCGCCACUUGGGGGACUCGUGAAUCGCUCCGGGGGGUAUUAUGCGCUCUGUAUACUAGGGUUUGUGAUUGUGGCCGUGGACACGGUGAUGCGCUUAGCAGUGGUGGAGAAGAAG